AUGGAUUACAAAUCAGCUGGAAUGUAUCCUGAAUAUGAGACCUUCCCAUCGAAUCAUGCUCCAACAUACAACGACAACCAAAUGCAUCCACUAUUGGCAGCCAUUAGCGGAAAUAUGGAUAAAUAUGCAAACGCUGAAGACCGAGCAAGAUACCACAACCACAUGAUGCAGCAGUCAAUGCCGCCUUUGAUGGACGAUGCCACCCAAACGCAUGGCGUGUAUGCGAGCAGUGGCGGUGGAGGAGCUGGUUGGGGUGGUGGCCCAACUGGCACCGGCGGCACCGGACACUCCGGCUAUGGCUAUGAGUCGCCAUAUGGAGCUAGUGGUGGUGGCGGUGGUUAUGAUUAUCCUCCCGCCGCUCCGGUGCAUGUGCCCACUGGAGGCUCAUACUCUCAUCACACCACAGCUGGUAGUGGUUAUGGGGUGCCUCCAUCGCCAAAGUAUUUUCCCCGCCCUCAUCCGACACCAGCGACCAAAGGCAGUGGCAAGAAGAAGAGCAGCAGCAGCAGUAGCAGCAAAGCUUCUACGAUGAAUGCACUCACUUUGUUGGCAUUUUUCUUCUUUGUGAAUUUGCUGCAGAAUUGCCUCAAGGACAACAUGGAGGCGAUUAACCCUACUGUGAUGGUAAUGACGACGAACAUGGUGCGCAAUCGCAAUACGAAAUUGGCGGAAAUGAACUCGCGCGAGCAGAGCACUUCACCCGCAUCGGUAUUUACAUCGGGCGCGAAUAUUGUUGUGCGGCCGGAGACUUUGGUAUCGGCAGCAGCGGGUGCGCCAGGCAGCUCAGUGGUUGCAGCAGUGCCAGCGGUGUCCAGUGUAGCAUUGCAAACAUCGCCAUACAGUGGUGGUGGAGGCGGAGGCAGUAUAAGUGCGUCAAGUGCGCUGAAUGUUGGCAACAAUCAUGGUGGGAGUGCAAGUGUUAUUAGCAGCAACAGCAACAAUCACAAUAAUUACAAUAAUAACAAUCAAGCCAACAGCAAUAGUGGCAUUCGACCACCCGCUGAGCCGCAAUACAGUUAUGGCACCAACGGCGCUCACAAUGCGCAGCACCACUAUGGCAGUGAGGGACAUUACAGCCAACAAAAUAAUAAUAUGAACAGCAACAACAAUAAUCAGGCAUACAAUACAUAUCCACAUGCUGGUGAGGUGCCUUUCCCAUCGGCGCCAGCACCGACAAUAGUAACCGCAAAUCGCGAUCCGCGACCCGAGUUUUACGAUUCCGGCCAUCCAUAUCCUAAUCAAACACUCUACUCGACUACAAGCACGGACAAUCAUCAGCACUAUGUUCAACAACAACAUCAGCAGCAUCACCCCUAUCUGCCUGAUCACUAUGAACAAGAAAUGUACGAUCAGCAAUAUCCACAACGGCCCCCUCAUUCACAAUUCCAACAGCACCAACAACAAUAUGAGCAAAACCCUCAACACCAACAUCAACAAGAAAGUCAUUCACAAGGUCACUUGUCACAACAACAACAGUCAGACCUUCAUGAUCAUUAUCAAGAUCAUCAUCAGCAGCCGCCACUACCACCACAAGAUCACUUCCAACACCAUUACCCCGUACAGCACCAUUCCCAACACCAUUCACCUUUUCACUCACACCAACACAAUCAGGUUCCCGUAGAUCGUCGUCCUUUACGUGCUGGUGGUGCCCAAAGUGAGACCUCGCACCCUUGGUCCCACAACACCGGUUCCUCUUCUUCGAGUGCACAUAAGCGUGGCUCCAGCUUCUCUCCUCACUCCUCUUAUACUUGGUCGUCAGGGUCGUUGUCUGCUCAUGUGAGCGGUAAUAAUAAUUUUAACGAUGGAGAUGAUGAUGACGACGAUGUAAGCCGUUAUGAUGAUGCCUUUUAUACUCGCUCAAAUAGCAGAUCAUAG